GCGCCCGCCUGCCUUUGCACGGGGCUGGCCGGGCCGGGGAGGCACAAAGGGAGGCCGGCGGUCGGUGCGGCGGCGGCGUCGUCGGGUGAGCGGCGCGCGGGGCUGGCCGGCAGCUUCGGCGGGGAGGGGGCGCCGUGAGUGGGGGCGGAGGGGGGGGUGUUGCAGGAUGCGCCCCUCGUGCUUGGUCGCGGGCCGGUGGCGGCUGGUGGCGGCGGUGCUGGUGCUGGCGGCGGGGCCGGGCCGCCGUCGGGGCGGCGGCGGCGGGGCGCGCGCCGAGAAGGGCCUGUCGGUGCCGGAGCACGGCUUCUGCCAGCCCAUCUCCAUCCCGCUGUGCACGGACAUCGCCUACAACCAGACCAUCCUGCCCAACCUGCUGGGCCACACGAGCCAGGAGGACGCCGGCCUGGAGGUGCACCAGUUCUACCCGCUGGUGAAGGUGCAGUGCUCGCCCGAGCUGAAGUUCUUCCUGUGCUCCAUGUACGCGCCCGUCUGCACCGUCCUGGAGCAGGCCAUCCCGCCCUGCCGCGCCAUCUGCGAGCGCGCCCGCCAGGGCUGCGAGGCCCUCAUGAACAAGUUCGGCUUCCAGUGGCCCGAGCGCCUCCGCUGCGAGCACUUCCCGCGGCACGGCGCCGAGCAGAUCUGCGUGGGCCAGAACCACUCCGACGGCGGCAGCGCCGACGCCGCCCCGCCGGGCCUGGCCCCCAGCGCCCCCGACGCCGCCGCCGCGCCCGGCCGCGCGCCCCCCGCCUCGCCCGGCCCGCCGCCGCCGCCCGCCCCGUCGGAGGAGGAGGGCGAGGCGGCGGCGGCGGCGGAGGAGGAGCGGCGCCGGCGGCUGCUGCGGCCCUUCCCGUCGUUCCAGUGCCCGCGGGCGCUGCGCGUGCCGCCCUACCUGCACUACCAGUUCCUGGGCGAGCGGGACUGCGCCGCGCCCUGCGAGGCCGGCCGCGCCGAGGGCCGCCUCUUCUUCAGCGCCGAGGAGCUGCGCUUCGCCCGGCUGUGGGUGCUGGUGUGGUCCGUGCUGUGCUGCGCCUCCACCUUCUUCACGGUGACCACGUACCUCGUGGACAUGCAGCGCUUCCGCUACCCGGAGCGGCCCAUCAUCUUCCUCUCGGGCUGCUACACCAUGGUCUCGGUGGCCUACAUCGCCGGGUUCGUGCUGGGCGAGCGGGUGGCCUGCAACGAGCGCUUCCAGGAGGACGGCUUCCGCACGGUGGUGCAGGGCACCAAGAAGGAGGGCUGCACCAUCCUCUUCAUGAUGCUCUACUUCUUCAGCAUGGCCAGCUCGCUCUGGUGGGUCAUCCUGUCGCUCACCUGGUUCCUGGCGGCCGGCAUGAAGUGGGGCCACGAGGCCAUCGAGGCCCACUCGCAGUACUUCCACCUGGCCGCCUGGGCCGUGCCGGCCGUCAAGACCAUCACCGUGCUGGCCCUGGGCCAGAUCGACGGCGACCUGCUCAGCGGCGUCUGCUUCGUGGGCCUCAACGGCCUGGACCCGCUGCGCGGCUUCGUGCUGGCCCCGCUCUUCGUCUACCUCUUCGUGGGCACCUCCUUCCUGCUGGCCGGCUUCGUCUCGCUCUUCCGCAUCCGCACCAUCAUGAAGCACGGCGGCACCAAGACGGAGAAGCUGGAGCGGCUGAUGGUGCGCAUCGGCGUCUUCAGCGUGCUGUACACCGUGCCGGCCACCAUCGUCAUCGCCUGCUACUUCUACGAGCAGGCCUUCCGCCAGCACUGGGAGCGCAGCUGGGUCAGCCAGCACUGCAAGAGCCUGGCCAUCCCCUGCCCGCUCCAGUACGCCCCGCGCAUGAGCCCGGACUUCACCGUCUACAUGAUCAAGUACCUCAUGACGCUCAUCGUGGGCAUCACCUCUGGCUUCUGGAUCUGGUCCGGCAAGACCCUCCACUCCUGGAGGAAGUUCUACACCCGCCUCACAAACAGCAAACAUGGCGAGACCACCGUGUGAAGGAAAGAAGGAAGGGCCACGGACGGGCGGGCGGGCGAGCGGCCCUGGGCAUCUGGUGGGGCACCUGGGCUGGCACUUUCCCUACCUGUCGCCCGACAAUCAGAGACAGAUGCGCAGGUCAGGCCGGCACCC